ACGUGUGUACGUAAUAUGUUGGCGUCUACUAACAAGUAAACUCCUGACUGGUGUAGUUUUGUGUAUAGUGCGCGUAAUCGGGUGUUUGUUUUCGCAAUAAAUUUACUUUGCCGAUUCCAUUUUGCGGUGUUGUUCAUAGUUUGUAAAAAUGAAGAGAAAAAGUGGGCGUAAAGAGAAGGCACAGGACACUUCUGGUGAACAAGAAAACGGCGCGGAAACAGCAAAUGAAAUCCAAGAUGUCGAAGCCAGUGAUGAAGAGCGUAUGUCCGAAGACGACUCGCCACCAGAGCCUAAAAAGAAGAAGGGGGAUAAGCGUAAAAGUGAAAAAAACGCUAGCGACGAAGAACAGGCCUCGGACACCGAUAACCCGCCGGAACCCAAAAAGAAGAAGGGCGAUAAGCGCAAGAGUGAAAAAAAUUUGAGUGAGGAGGACAACGCUUCAGAUGCCGACGCUCCCGCCGAAACGAAAAAGAAAAGAGGGCGCAAGAGUGCCUCUCCCAAAAAGUCAAAAAAGGAGCCACCUAAAGAAAAGGAAGAAGAGGAAAGAAGUGAUGAGGAAGAGGAGCAAUAUGAGGUGGAGGAAAUUAUCGAUGAGAAAGUUGUUCGAGGCGUCAUUCACUACUUGAUCCGUUGGAAAGGUUACGAUCCAGAAAGUGACACUUGGGAACCCGAAAACACCUUGGAGUGUCCCGAUCUCAUAAAAAAAUUCAAGAACGAAAGAUCGAACGACGAAAACGAAUCUCCCAGGAGGGGCAGGAAGAACAUAGAAGAGACGCCCGUCUCGUCCAAGAGGGGCAAAAAAGGGAAGAGCUCCCAGAAUGGUCAAACGCCGAAACGUGCCGCGAAACGCGACAAUAAAUCAGAUAAAAGCAAAAAGAAGGCAAAGGAGGACACGCAAGUCGACUGGGAGUCGGACGACGAGUUCGAGGUCGAUCGUAUUUUGGACGUUUACUUUAAGAAAAACGGCAAACGGGAAUUCCUGGUCUCGUGGAAGGGCUACCCGUCCUCGCAGGACAGCUGGGAGCCGGAGGAUAAUCUGGACUGUACCGAUCUCAUCGAGAAAUACAUGAGCAAGGUCGACAAGGCCAAAGGGACCCUUCCUAAGGAGCUACGCAUACAGCGUACGCCCACGGAACGUUUCACUUUAAAUAUGGCCGACGGUAAUCGUAGAUUAAGUCGUCGUCUUGGCAAAAAACAAAGGGUGCAGUAUCACGAUGCGGAGUAACAUAUUCUGUAAGGAUUACUUUGUCUUAUUUUGUAUAACUUUGGAGAUUUUUCAAUUUUUGUUUUUACUUUUGGAUUACAGAGUACGCAGUUACGGAUAAAACUGUUUGAAUUCUGUACGAUUAGAGAAAAAGAGUACAAAUGUAUUGGUUAUUUUUUGUGCAAAUGUAUUGUAAAAAUAUUAUGCUUUAUAUAAAUAAAUCCCUGACGAUUUAUUAGA